GUGGAAUUACUUUUUCCUGUAUGAUGGUUCAAAGGUUAAGGAAGAAGGAGAUCCUACAAGUGCUGGGAUUUGUUAUUUUUAUCCUUCUCAGACUCUCCCCGACCAGCAGGAACUGCUGUGUGGACAGAUUGCUGGAGUGGUGCACUGCAUCACUGAGAUUUCUGGAGUUCCUCCAAGUCUCAUUCGUCUAAGGAAGCUCAAGUUUGCAGUUGUAGUGGAUGGAGACUAUCUGUGGGUUCUGGGCUGUGCUGUUGAGCUCCCUGAUGUCAGCUGUAGACGGUUUCUGGAGCAGCUAAUCAGCCUCUUCACCUUCUACAACGGACCUGUGCACCGUGCGUACAUGGCAUUUUCUCAGGAGGAACUGAGCAGGCAGUGGGACAGAUAUAUUGAACAUAUCCAAAAAAACACCAGUGACCUCCACAAGAUUUUCAAUUCUCUCUGGAAUCUGGACAAAACCAAGGUGGACCCCCUGCUUUUACUGAAAGCAGCUCUCAUCUUGCAAACUUGCCAGCGGUCUCCCCAUGUCUUGGCAGGCUGCAUUCUCUACAAAGGCUUGAUUGUGAGCACCCAGCUGCCACCUCCUCUCACUGCCAAAGUUCUCCUCCAAGGCAAUGAGUCUCCAGGCCUCCAGAGUGAGCCUGGAGGUGAGGAGCAGCGGGAGCCUGAUUCUCCAUUGCCACAGGGUGUCUGUAUCAUCCCGGUAUUCCUAACAGAAGAUGAAGUGUCCGUGCUCCGAGACUUUCCAGUGGAGUGGAUGACUAGGUCAUCUGUAUCCCCAGCAAGCCCUAGAGGAGAGAAGAAUGCUCUCUGCUCCCAGGCAGUUUCAGAAUCAACAGGAGUUCAUGAAAACCAAGACCUGAAUAAUAUCUCUGUGCAAGAGUCCCCUGAGCAAGCUUCAAGCACAGCAGCACCAGAAGAUGCUGUGCAAUUGGGCAGCCUUGCAAACACCGAUCCUUUGAAUGGCUUCCUUGAAAUGGAAGCCAGUACAAAGAAUUCUUCAACUGCAAAACUGAGCAGACCAGACAGCAAAAGCUCAGAGCUCAGUAGAAAAGCAUUCUUCCCCUUAGAGAGAGAGACAAAGCAGCUGCCAAGCCCUUCCACACUCCAUACUGCUGAAUAUGCUCAAACUACAGGUCCGUAUCUGGAAGGCUUUUCCUUUCCAAACCCUUAUGCCCAGGAGCAGGAGAGUCAGAACAUGGGGAAAUCCCUUGUGGACUCUGAUGUUGAGCAACGCCGUUUCCAAAGUUACCAUGCAGCCAGUGGCAGUCCAGCUAUUUGCUCUCCUGUCCAAGAUUUGAGCAGAAGGAAAUCAAGUGAACAAGACAAGCAAGGGACUAUGAGCCACAAUAGGGUCUCUGGAGAAAGCAGCGGUGCGGCUGGUGGCAAUGUGUGGGGUUUGGAUUGUCCAGCCACUGCUGUACAGUCAGAGCUCCAAAGCAGGAGUCAGCUGCCAGCUGCAGAGGUUCAGGAGGGUCUGCCCGGAGGCCCAGCAGAGAACACGCGCUGUCCCAGGAGUGGGGAGAGUGGCUGGGCACCUCCAGCGGACAGUCUGGGAGCCGGGGCUGGUGUGGAGCCAGGCAAACAGUGCAAACCAGUUCAAAUGAGCUUGUAUGUUCACUGCAUUAAGGGGCUUGUGCUCUCCUUGCUGGCUGAAGAUCACCUCCGAGAGGACCAGAGCUCCAUUGAAGAUGUGUACCACAGCAGUCUGGCUUCUCUAAACGGCCUGGAGGUUCAUCUGAGGGAAACUCUGCCCAAAGACUUCUCUUCCUCAGCCAAGACAACCUACAGCUUCACUCACUAUGAUUGCGUUCAGAACGUGCUCACGGCCAACCUGCCCCAUACACCUGGCCCUCUGGAUCGGCACUUCCUGAGAGCUGCUGCGCUGAUCCACUCCGACUUCAGCCAGCUUCCGACCGCUUCAGAAAUGAUAAUUCGGAAUGCCUCCACGGCUGUGUAUGCCUGCCGGAACCCUGUCCAGGAAACCUACUUCCAGCAGCUGGGUGCUCCACUCCGCAACUCGGGUGUUCCCAACCCUCACGACAGUGCAUUCAGCUUGCCGAGCAAGGCCAAGCAAAAGCUGCUGAAGCAUGGAGUGAACCUGCUUUGA